AUGAGACCCCCAGAAGGGUCUACUUUCCAGGCUGAUUACAUAGCAAGAAUAAGCCUGCCGGACCAGCAAGGUGUAAGAAACAUCGAUCAAGAUUUAAUUCCUCACUUUCUGGGUGUGAGAGGUUUUAUGCACAUGUUGGAGUUGAUGGAUAUUUGGGAUACUUCCCAUUUGGCACUAUUUAAGAAUAGUUGCUAUAAACAUUUACGUGUAGGUCUUUGUGGGACCUAUGUUUUCAUAUCUCUUACAUAUGUAUCUAGAAGUGUGGAUGAGUUAGUUGUAAGCGAGUGGCCAACUUUCAAUGUUGGAUGGCCACCCGAGGGGACCUUCGACCUCCCUACUAUCCACCGAGACAGGAGUAUCAUCUCUCAGCCUAAGGCGGGCCAUCUUGAUCAGCUCCCUUACAUUAUCACUUGGCAGGACCUUGUAGAAGACCCACCCUCUUGGCUUAAGCCCUUCCUAACCCUGCUCCCUCCAGAGCCAAAACCCAUUCUUGCUUUGCAGGAAACAGAGAAGCUUACCCAGCCUUCAGCACCCCUCUACCCUGUCCUACAGGGGGGUACUGAAGAAGAAUUAAUUUUUCCUCCCCCGUAUAACCCCUCUAGGAUGCCGGAAGAACACCAUCCUCCCCCUCCGGGGGAGGCAGACGCUGUUCCGAGAGCGGGAGGCGGAAACGCUCCAGGGGGAAGCCCGCCCUUUACCAGACAAAGGGCUCAGAGGGGGCAAUCUGCCUCCACCGCCGACUCCACUAUUCUGCCCCUGCGAGCCACCGGACCCCCAGACGCGGAGGGGAAUCAGCCCCAUCACUAUUGGCCUUUCGCCACUAGUGACCUCUACAAUUGGAAAGCUCAGAAUCCUAAGUUUUCCGAGAAACCGGCAGGGCUUAUUGAUUUAUUAGACUCUGUUCUUUUUACCCAUCAGCCCACGUGGGAUGAUUGCCAGCAGCUUUUGCAGGUCCUGUUCACGACUGAAGAAAGAAUCCUCAAUGGGGCCCGAAAACUAGUUCCAGGCGCAGACGGGAAUCCCACCACCAACCAGGCUCAGAUAGAUGCCUCCUUCCCCUUAACUCGGCCCCAGUGGGAUUUCAACACGGCAGAAGGUAAGGAGAGGCUCCGGGUCUACCGCCAGACUCUAAUGGGGGGUCUCCGAAUGGCUGCUAGAAAGCCAACCAAUUUGGCCAAGGUAGGAAAUGUACAACAGGGAAAAGAUGAAUCUCCGGCUGCCUUUUUAGAAUGGAUCAUGGAGGCAUUCCGUACCUAUACCCCCAUGGAUCCAGAGGCUCUGGAAAGCAAGGCAGCUGUUAUCAUGGCCUUUGUAAACCAAUUGGCCAAAGACAUUAGGAGAAAAUUACAGAAAAUAGAUAGACUAGGAGAAAAAAGUCUGCAGGACUUACUGGUGGUAGCCGAAAAGGUAUAUAAAAACCGGGAGCCUCCUGAGGACAAGCAGGCUCGCGCCAUGGCGGCUGCCAGCAGUAAGCAGACUCGAGACCUGGCCAGAAUACUACUAGCUACCACUGCUGACUUCCCCGAGGAACGAGACCGCCGUCUCCGGCAGCUGGCAGACGACACAAGAAAAGGUAAAAGCACCAAGGGGGGGAAGCAGAGGCUGCAGAAGGAUCAGUGCGCAUACUGCAAGGAGAUAGGGCAUUGGGCCCGAGAUUGUCCAAAAAGAGCUGGCGGGAAGGGAAGUAAGACUGAUUAAGUAAAAGUCCUAGAGCUGGAUGAACUAAGUGAUUAGGGGAGUCAGGGUUCGGACCCUCUCCCCGAACCCAGGGUAACUCUUAAAGUGGAGGGGACCCCUAUUGACUUCCUUGUCGACACCGGAGCACAACAUUCGGUCCUCCGCACCCCACAAGGAAAACUAGCCAGCAAGAAGUCCUGGGUACAAGGGGCAACUGGUAUGAGCCAGUAUUCAUGGACUACCCGAAGAACAGUAGAUUUGGGAACGGGCCGGGUAUCCCACUCCUUUAUGGUAAUACCAGAAUGCCCCUACCCGCUGUUAGGACGGGACUUACUGACCAAGAUUGGAGCUCAGAUAACUUUCAGACAAGGGGGGCCUCAGGUCACUGAUGGCAAGGGCCACCCCAUCCAGGUCCUGACCAUGAAACUGGAGGAUGAAUACCUCCUCCACCAGGAGGUGCUCCCGAGAGAGGAUAAUAUAGACAGAUGGCUACAAGAAUUCCCCUCGGUUUGGGCAGAGACAGGGGGGAUGGGACUAGCCGCUCACAGGACCCCAGUCCUGGUAGAACUCAAGCCAGGAGAGAGUCAGGUAAGGAUCAAACAAUACCCCAUGUCUCAGGAGGCCUGGAAGGGGAUCCAGCCACACAUCCAGAGACUACGAAGCCUAGGGGUACUAGUUCCUUGCCAGUCUGCCUGGAACACCCCCUUACUGCUGGUCAAAAAGCCUCACACAAAUGACUACCGACCGGUACAAGACCUCCGGGAAGUAAAUAAGAGGGUCGUGGACAUACACCCAACUGUUCCCAACCCAUAUACUCUCUUGAGCUCCUUGGCGCCCUCCAGGGUCUGGUAUACUGUACUGAUUUAAAGGACGCCUUCUUCAGUCUGCCGCUGGCACCCCAGAGCCAACCCUUGUUCGCCUUCGAGUGGCAUGAUCCGGAGGAGGGCUACAGUGGGCAACUCACCUGGACACGGCUACCUCAGGGAUUCAAAAAUUCACCCACCAUCUUCGACGAGGCACUACACGAGGACCUGGUAUUUACAGACACCUUCUCUGGCUGGGUGGAGGCAUACCCAACCAAGCAUGAAACGGCUCAGACGGUGGCUAAGAAGCUACUAGAAGACAUCUUACCCAGGUAUGGUUUUCCUGCCCUGGUAGGAUCAGACAAUGGACCAGCUUU